GUGUGCGAGAGUGUGUGCGAGAGUGUGUACGUACACGCCUUCGGGGGCCGAGUGACACUGCAGUGGGCUUCUCCCUAGCCUCAGCCUUCCGGCUGCUCAACCCCCAACCUGCCGCACCGCUUUUGGAAAGCAGCUUGGUGGCUCUUCGUCUUCCCGAGCCUUCCUCUCCAUCCUUUCAUCCACCCCUGGCCAACCUUACUUUUUCUUUUACCCACCCGGCCGCAGCAGACCGCCCCUCAACCGGUGCAGACACCCAAGCCGUCUCCAAUUCUUCCCUAAGCCAAUAUUUCCCCACCUUUCUCUGGAGCCCCCUCCACGAGCCAGUCCAAGGCUCCCCCAUCCUUGGAAAUUGUUUUGUUGGGCUGCUGUACCGAGGCGUGUAAAGCUCGAGGGCUUUAUUAUUAUUUUGAUUCUUUUCAUUUCCUCCCCUUCUGGGCAACGGAGCAAUGAAAUUUCCAAUCGAGACGCCAAGAAAGCAGGUGAACUGGGAUCCUAAAGUGGCCGUUCCUGCAGCAGCCCCGCCGGUGUGUCAGCCCAAGAGCACCACUAACGGGCACCAACCCCACCCGGCUCCUCGCCUCUCCAUUUCCUCCCGCGCCACGGUGGUAGCCAGAAUGGAAGGCGCCUCCCAGGGGGGCCUGCAGACCGUCAUGAAGUGGAAGACCGUGGUUGCCAUCUUUGUGGUCGUGGUGGUCUACCUCGUCACGGGAGGUCUCGUCUUCCGGGCACUGGAGCAGCCCUUUGAGAGCAGCCAGAAGAACACCAUCGCCCUGGAGAAGGCGGAAUUCCUGCGGGAUCACGUCUGCGUGACUCCCCAGGAGCUGGAGACGUUGAUCCAGCACGCCCUUGAUGCUGACAAUGCGGGAGUCAGUCCCAUAGGAAACUCCUCCAACAGCAACAGUCACUGGGACCUGGGAAGUGCCUUUUUCUUUGCUGGAACCGUCAUCACCACCAUAGGGUAUGGGAAUAUUGCUCCAAGCACUGAAGGAGGCAAAAUCUUUUGUAUUUUAUAUGCCAUCUUUGGGAUUCCACUCUUUGGUUUCUUAUUGGCUGGAAUUGGAGACCAACUUGGAACCAUCUUUGGGAAAAGCAUUGCAAGAGUGGAGAAGGUCUUUCGAAAAAAGCAAGUGAGUCAGACCAAGAUCCGGGUCAUCUCAACCAUCCUGUUCAUCUUGGCUGGCUGUGUUGUGUUUGUGACGAUCCCUGCUGUCAUUUUUAAAUAUAUCGAGGGAUGGACGGCCUUGGAAUCCAUUUAUUUUGUGGUGGUCACUCUGACCACGGUGGGAUUUGGUGAUUUUGUGGCAGGGGGAAACGCUGGCAUCAAUUACCGGGAGUGGUAUAAGCCCCUAGUGUGGUUCUGGAUCCUGGUCGGCCUUGCCUACUUUGCAGCUGUCCUCAGUAUGAUCGGAGACUGGCUGCGGGUUCUAUCCAAAAAGACAAAAGAAGAGGUCGGUGAGAUCAAGGCCCACGCAGCCGAGUGGAAGGCCAAUGUGACGGCCGAGUUCCGGGAGACCAGGCGGCGCCUCAGUGUGGAGAUCCACGACAAGCUGCAGCGGGCAGCCACCAUCCGCAGCAUGGAGCGCCGGCGCCUGGGCCUGGACCAGCGGGCCCACUCGCUGGACAUGCUGUCUCCAGAAAAACGCUCCGUCUUCGCCGCCCUGGACGGUGGCCGCUUCAAGGCCUCCUCCCAGGAGAGCAUCAACAACCGGCCCAACAACCUGCGCCUUAAGGGGUCGGAGCAGCUCAAUAAGCACGGACAAGGGGCCUCUGAGGACAACAUCAUCAACAAGUUCGGGUCCACGUCCAAACUCACCAAGAGGAAAAACAAAGACCUCAAAAAGACCUUGCCUGAGGAUGUGCAGAAAAUCUACAAGACCUUCCGGAAUUACUCUCUGGAUGAAGAGAAGAAGGAGGAGGAGACAGAAAAGAUGUGUAACUCAGACAACUCCAGCACAGCCAUGCUGACCGAGUGCAUCCAGCCUCAGGCUGAGCUGGAGAACGGAAUGGUACCCACAGACACCAAAGACAGGGAGCUUGAGAACAACUCGUUACUUGAAGACAGAAACUAAACGUCAAAGAUGUUGGACUUGGACUAAGCAUUGUGUGGUCUUUUUUUUUUUUUUUUAAAUAUUAUAUAUAUAUAUAUAUAUUCACACUGAGACACGUGCCUUAAACAGACUUCUUAUUAGUCCAAAAUUACAUAGCAUUGAAGAAUAUAUUUCACUGUGCCAUAAACGACUGAAAGCUUGCUCUGCCAAAAUGAGUCCAAGAACAAGAGGUUCAUUUCAGAUAGCAGCCGCAGGACACACCGGGGGAGCGCGCUCCUGCACACAGCAAGCAGAUGCACGUGGCAGGUUCCACCUCAGGUGGGAAGGUGGAUGCAGUACCGCCGUGCAGCGCUGCCCUGGCACAACACCUAGACAAGGGCAGCUGUUCCUUAGGCCAGCCUCCGACAGGAAUAGUUGUGUCUUUUAGGUUUCCACAACUUACCAUCCGUGAUCUGUCACACGGUGGCGGCGGGGGCUGUUCGCUGGUGAGCUGGGAACUAACUGCAACUAGGUUUAGAGCUGACGUUUUGGCAUGUGCUCUGAGCUUGAAUUUUGAUACAAACCAUUCCGUGCGUAAUACCUACUCUUUCUGAGCUCCAAAUGAAUGUCCGUGGGACCCGAGAGCACCUGGAAUUUGUUGGAAGUGGAUCAGAGCACACAUAUUAAAAGGUGCAAUUGCUUUUUCUCAUUACAAAA